UUUUGGGAGUGUAAAAUAUUACUAUUGUAUGCGCUACAGUGGACUAGUACCCGUUUUGCUUAGAGUGUGGGCUAAUUCCCCUAGUCUCUGGCGGGAAGUGGGUUAUGGCGAACUCAGCGACUGUUACUCCGUGCAGUACCCCGUCCAUCAAUUGUGUAAUCAAUUGCCCGGCAAUUCGAGUGUCUCUCAGACCCGUGGCUACAAAUUUGAUAUCAGAGCCAUGACUAUCGCACUCUACGAACUCCUAGAUAUGGAUCCUUCCCAGAACUUUGAUCGGUGUGCGCACGGACAACAUCGAGCCGCACCCAAAAGAAAGGAUCCAAUGGUUCAGAUGUGCAUGACUAUCAAAAACAGAAGCUUAUACGGGGGUGCCCAGAAGAGAAAAAGGAAGAAAGAAAGAAAAAGAAGACGAUCUACUUACCGUUCUUUCUCAAGAUUUUCACUACACAGGCACGCGGCAUGAGUGGAACAUGAUUACAAAGAAUGCUCCAGUCCUCUGUGGAUCUCCGGUAUUUAUUACCCACAACGAUCGACGCCGCGGUCUCUUUUGAGUCUUGAGACGGUUGAAUUUCUGAAAUUGUCUGUCUCCUCCCUCCAGUUUCGGCAGCCACUAAUGCAAUUUUCGUGAGGAGCUCUUCUCUCUUUUUCCGCGGGAAGAACUUAUCUUGAGGGAGCAAAGAGAGGAAAAUAUCCCAUUAUGCUUGACGUGAAAAUCUGGCGCGGUUCGUAGGGCGGUUCAUUCCUAUCCUUGCCCAGUUCCAGCAGCUAGCCUCUGAGCACUACGUAUGCGCCUAAUAUCCAAUUUGCUCUUGUCUAGUUAGUGGUGGCAAGUCCGAACUACUCCUGUUUCGUGGUCUUCUGUUCAAUAAUUUCUUUCAGCCUGAGAGCCCACACCACUUAUGCCACAAUGGGCCCAGUUCAGCCCCUGCAGCUGCGGCGAAUUGCAGACACCGGCUGUUUGGAACCCCUUUGGUCCAACGGUCACCUUUGGCCAUUUCUAACUGGGCGACUUUUUAACCCUGUCAGCUCGUGGGAAGGUUAUCUAACGUCGGAUUACGAGAGCCAAGGAAAAUUACUAGAUACCUAGUCCAUUUCUCCUCGAUUCCCCCGCAGCCCAAAAUCACAUUCGUGUCCUUCCCUCUCUUGGCAUGGGGCCUCGUGUCUAGAGUUUUCAGGAACCACCAGGACCAUACUCAGGGCCCAAUGGUCUGGUCCCUUUUAUGGAACACUUUUUUUUUUGAGAUUCCCCUUGGUUGUUCUUUUUUUUUUUUUUUAACACAU